GCUGUGUGUCGCUAAUAAUCGCGCGCGUGUUGGUAGUAACGGGGGACUUAAAGUUAGUCGAGUUGUUCUCGUUUAAAACAAUCAGCAGAAGAGGAAGGACCAAUUAUACGGACCUGCGACCGUCUGUCACCGACCUUCUGCUUCCCUUAGUGUGCCGGAUCAUGCCACAAGUAUAGACCACCAUCAAGGUCUACGCCAACUGCCUGCGACCGGACAUCGAAUACAAGACCCUAAGCAUCACCUAUGAGACGACUUGUCGCGAGGUUGUGCAAAACCUUCUGAACAAGUAUCGCAUGCGACACCGCGACCCCCGGUUGUUUUAUCUGACCAUGGAGGUGACCGUGAGGAGGGCCAAUGUGCGUACCACCCUGCCGCUCGACGAGGACGCGAGGCCAGCCGUCCUGCAGUCCUGCCAUCCUCGCGGCGAUUCCAAGUUUUCGUUGCAGACACACCGUGGCGGACUCGUCAAAAUAUACGACAGCGCACUCAUGUCCGGGUCUAAGUACAAAAGUCUUUUGGUCUCGGAGCAGACCACCGUAGACGAGUUGAUCCAGAUGUUGCUGAGUUGCUAUAGUUCCAAGGAACCGGUGGAGCAAUUCUCUCUCUACGAGGUCUGCGAAGGUGAAGAGUACCAAAGGAAAUUACACCCCGACGACUCCCCACUCAAGGUCACACAACGGUGGACCAGCGCGGAUCGACAUCUUCGCAUUAGGCGCAAUCCAGAUUAUAAUCAGCAUAGGCGGAAGAGUAUGUGGGCGUCGGACUCAAGCAUCACUAUGGCGAUGUCGAGGCUGAAUCUCCACGAUAGUCUUCCUAUCCACUACAAUCCGAGAAUCGAAAACAACAAUCAUUUGAGCCUGCAUCAUCUUGCUGGAAAAACUAGCGUCACCGCUAACAACAACAACAACAACAACAACAACAACAAUAUCAUCCAUCGGGAUCAGCAUCACUCAUCGUCAUUAGGCUCCAUCAGUCAAACGUCGCGAAUCGUCGUGUCCCACGGAACGGAUCUUCCGCAAGUGCAGCUGCCGCGGUUGCAGCAAUUCCCGCAGAGCGUCCCGUCGACGCCGCUCUCGUCGAAACACGUCGUGACUGCCUCCUCCUACGCCGAUUACGAAAAUUAUCUUUUUAUAUAAGGACCGAAUCGUUGACGAACUCACGUAAGCACGAUCGAAGUUAGAAUAAGAGCUACAUCGAUCACAAAGGUUUACCCCGCGAAACGGUCAGAGUUACCAGAGACUCGUUGGAGAUACGAGAAAACAUACGUUGCGACUGUUCGAUAGAAUUUGUCUUCGUAUGUAAUAUUUAGACCUCAAAUAUUAUGAGCACUAUGAGGCGCGAGCAAACGUGUACCAUCAAUUUUUAUUAAAGAAGAUGACUUGCCUUUUUUGUCACAGAUUAGAUUUAAACUACCAUUGUGCUUCCUUUUGAUUAAUUUUAUUGUAAUAGCUCGACGAAGCUCAUUAAAGAAAUUUGUAUAAAGAAAUACAUAAUAAUUUUUAGUGGUUUUGCGAUGUUCAAUAUAAUAGAAGUUUCCUAAACAAAAUUCAAAAAGAAUUAAAUGCAGAGUUAAAUGCUCGUUUGCCGCUUUGUAUUUCAGCUGAUUAUAAAGGCUGAUAACACUGAACAAAGAGAAUUUACGAUAUUAGUUAGUAGUGAGGGAAAUUGUACCAAAGGUAGUUGUAUAAAAUUUUAGAUAUAUAGAUACAUCUAUACAUAUAAAAAUAAUAUGUCCUGUAUUCAUAAAAACGUAUACAUAGUGUUUACCAAGCCUGACAUUAGAUUUUGAUAAUUUUUAUAAACAUUUCUUUUUACAUUCGAAAAAGAAAUAUCCAGUCGAUACCUUGAUAAUAAAUUGUUUUAUAUUUUCUAUAAAAUUAGUCGAUAGAUAAUUUCAAUAAGAACGUGAUUGCAUAUACAGUUCGAAAAUAAUAUUCGCUUGCGUGGAGCAAUUUUAGAUGCGCAAGAAACGAUUAAUUAGAACAGAAAUAUUAUUAUUUAUUUAUGUAAUGUAAAAAAAUAUGUAAAAGGCAUUUAGUUAAGCUCAUUUAAAAAAGGUUUUAAAUUAUUAACAUUUUCAUCUAUCCAAAAUUUCGUGCAAUCCAGCUAGAAGCAGGAUGCCGGACGUAUAUCUCUUAUAUGUAAGCGCUACAGGCGGAAAAUAUUUAAGUAACACUCGCCGUUAUCGCGUUGAUUAGAAUUACCGCGAGAAAUGGUAAUAACCGCUUUCAAUAACGUACGUAAUAUACUUAUCGUUCUUCUUGCAAUCGCUUGUGAUUACAGAAAUGUAAUUUACAGUACGUCAGGCGAGUUGGUAUCCAUGGUUACGAUUGUAAACGUAUUUCUUUCGCUAUCGCAAAGGCAAACAAUCUUAUCGCAUUGAAUCGACAUAUGAAACUGCUCGAAAUAUUUCAGAAGUUACUUCGCGAUAAUGGUGAUUCACACGACUUCCUUGUUCCCAUACGGAGGAAAUGAAAAUCAAGCUAUAUUUUUUCACUGCUGUGCGUUUAAUAUUUUAUUACCAAAGAGCUUCUCGAUACGAUACGUAUAUAAAAGUAUAGACUAACACGCGCGUGUGUCGAAUACGGCAGCCGAAUGUGCAUUUAUCUACAGGAGUCUUUGAUGUGUAUAUCGUCAGCGUAACGAUGUGUGUCGAUGGAACAUGAUUUCGCGUCAUACUUAUGUGUCGAAUUAAUGUACCUACGUAGAGUGUAAAUAUCUUUUUGUAUUGUCCGUUUAUAUUUUAUAGGAGAGAAUAUCGAAUAAUGAUUCAUGUGUCCUAAGUCA